AUGCGGUCCCUCUUCUUGAGUGUGCUUUAUACGGUGGUGUUGCUGGGUGUGAUUACCUCCGCCUGGCCAUGGGAUGGGCUAUUGGCUGGGCGGGCGGACAACACACUGGACAGACGAGCAGGUUCCACUACCACCGACGCUUCUACUACCGACGCUACGAGCACCAACUCGGCUUCUACCUCCCAAAACACCGCCUCUGACUCCACUGCCUCCGAAACUUCCACUGGGACCAAUACGGACACCAAGACCGCGAGCGGCUCUACCUCGACGGGUACCAACACCAACACCAACACCAAGACGACGACCAAGAGCAAGUCCACUACGACCUCCUCAAUCUCAAUUGACCCUGCCGCUGGUGCGGGAGGUAUUUCGAUGAUCACUCCCGCCGCCACAUCAACCACAUACUUCAAGAUCGGCUACAACGCGACCUUUGUCUGGAACUACACUUCGCUCUCGGUGACCCCCUCCGCCGUCGACGUGGUGGCCUCGUGCAGCUUGAACAGUCAGACCUACACCCUCACUCAGAACAUGACUGUGGAUCCUACGGGCAGCAUUGUCUGGGACACAAACCAGUACGAUGCUUCUGCAACCAUUCCGCUGUUGACUGCUACCUACACUCUGUUUGUUUACGACGCGGACACGUCUCUUGAUGACACCGCCACGGCAGGCCAUCUGAGUGGCCAGAUCGGGUACAGCUUCGGCAUGUACCGCAGAGAAUCUUACACCCCGCUAAAUGAAUUCAAAUGUGCCACCUGCAGCGGCGCCAUAUCCGACAUCCAACGUCAAGGCCUCAAGUUUGCUAUCGGCAUGGCCAUUAUCACCAUUGUCUCCUUCACCUGGUUUGCCGGCGGGGCAGGCCUCCUUGCAACCUGA